ACGGCUAACGGCAAACAAAGUAGUCAUCGGUCAUUUAUAAAUCUACUUUCGUUAAACUGAAUUGUUGUAAUUUGUGCAUUUAUAGUGUUGAACGUUAGUUGUGUAAUUUGAUAAUCACCGUCGCCGCUAUUGCAUUUUCACAUCGAGGCAUAUUUUGAAGUUUUUAUAGAAAGAAUUAAGAUGAAUGAUUCUAGAGAAAAUCAUUCUACUGGUUCUUAUGUUGAACCAAGAGUUCCAAGUAUUACUGGUUUUGGACAAAGAAAAAUAAAUGGCAAACCUAAAAUAGUGCUGAACUAUUCUUUAGAAAAGUGUAAUGACAAUUCUGGGACUCCAAAAAUUGAUGUAUGUUUACGUUUAAAACCACGAACCUUUAGUAUUCCAAGUAAUGAGGUUGAUACAUUAACAAUAUUAAGUGAUAACACAGUUGCUUGUUCAAGUGGAAAUGCACGUGAAGAUGUAAUAGAGUAUAUGUUUUCCAGUGUAUUUGGUCCUGAAGUUGAUCAAAAAAAAUUUUUUGACACCUGGAUAUAUGAUAAAGUAUUACGAUUUUUGAAUGGAAAUAAUGAAUUACUAUUUGCUUAUGGCACAACAAAUGCUGGAAAGACUUAUACUAUCCAUGGAAAUUUAAAUGACCCUGGUAUUAUUCCUAGAACUCUUCUCCUAGUCUUUAACACAUUAAAUAAUAAACUAAUGGCUCAGUGCAAGUAUAAACCUGAUAAAGUUAUUGCCGCACAUAUAUUAGAUGAAAAUUUAAUCAAAGUUGAAGAAAGUUUUCGAAAUAAUAUUUUAAAUAAUUGGUGCAAUGAAAAAAUACAAGAAGGUUUAAAGUCUUCUGUAUCUCAAAUUGAUGAGGGUCAGACAAUUCAUAGUAUGGAUCAUCUGACAAAUAAUGACAUAACAAAAAUGUUUGAUUUAAUAAAAGAUGUUGAUAAUGUAACAUUGGAUCAUGGUGAUGUUUUCUAUACUGUUUGGGUUUCUUACUCAGAAAUUUACAAUGAAUCCAUCUAUGAUCUUUUGGUAACUUGCUUGCCUAAACAGAAAAGAACUCCUCUCAAACUUUCACUUGAUCAAGAUAAAAAUGUAUAUGUAAGAGAUUUAAGUCAUGUAUUUGUUCGGUCUGCUGAAGAAGCAUAUAAAGUUUUGACUUUUGGUAAAAAUAAUUUAAAAAUUGCAAGCAAUAAUUUGAAUAAGUGUUCUAGCCGUUCACAUUGUAUUUUCACUAUGAAAUUAAUGAGGGUAGAAAAUGUUGAAAAUCCUAAAACAGCUGUUAUUAGCAGUAUUUCAUUUUGUGACUUGGCGGGCUCUGAACGUCUUAAAAAAACAUUGAACAUUGGUGAUCGCCUUGUAGAAUCUAAGAAUAUAAAUACUUCAUUAUUAGUACUGAACAAGUGUUUUUCUGUGUUACGUGAAAACCAAAAGCGAGGUGAAAAUAAUUUGGUUCCAUACAGAGAAUCUAAAUUAACCCAAAUUUUUCAAACUGCCUUAACAGGCUGUAAUAAAACUGGUAUAUCAAUGGCAGUCAAUGUUGAUACAUCUCCAAGCUUAUUUGAAGAAACCAAACAAGUAUUAUUCAUGUCUGCUAUUGUACGUUCAAUUACUAAAAGCAAAACUAAAACAAUUUCCAAACCCAGACCAAGUUUUGUUAUUUGGACGGCAAAUAAUUGCAAAAACAUAGAUCAAACUAAAUCUAAACUGAAUUCAAUUAAUGAAGAUGAAAACUUGGAUGAAUCAAAUACAGAAGAGGAACCAAUGAUAUCUUAUAAUGAUUUUGAAAUAAGAUUAAAAGAAGAACAAACCAAACUUCGACAACACUUACUUUCAGAGUUUCGUGUUAUCUUGGAUCGUAAUGAGAAAUUUUAUAAAGAACAGAAAGCAGCCUCAAUCAAAAAUAGAACAGAAAUUUAUGAAAAUAAAAUAAAAAGAUUGAAAGAUUUUUAUUUAGAAGAAAUUAAAGAAAGAGAUGAAAAAUUAGCGAAUUUUCAAUCAAACCCAGUUAGCUUAAAUAACCAUGAAAAUGAUAAUAAAAGUACCAUGGAAAACUAUGAAUUUAGAAUUGGUGAACUUGAAGUACAAAAUGAAGAGUUGCUUGCAGAACUUAAUGCCUUAAAAAAUACACAGGAUAUGAGACAUGAAGAACUCAAUGCUAAGAAUCAAGAAAUUGAUAAUUAUAAAAUCAUGUUAAAAGAGGCAACUACUGAGUAUGAACAAUUGGAAGCCGUCAUAAAUGAAAAGAAUAAUCGAUUUGAUGAAAUAUAUCAAUAUUUAGAUGAAAAAGAUUUAGAAAUAGAAAGGUUAACUGGUUCCUUAGAAGCCAAAGAUAAUAUUAUUACAGACAUGGAACAACAUCAAGAAGAAAUGAUAACCGAAGCUGUUGAAAAACAAAUACUCAAAUAUAUGGAUGAAAAAUUAAAUACAAUUCUUAGCUUGGAAAAUAAAAUUGAAAAGUUACAAAUUAAGAACAACAAAUAUAAAGAAACAAAUUCUCAAAUUUUUCAACAAUACUCAACUUUGAGAAAACAAUAUCUGAUUAUGUCUAAAACACUUGAUGAAUAUAAAAAUUCUAAUGAAAUCAAUUCAAAAUUAUCAGUUAUUUUUAACUAUUUUUUUUUUAUAGAAAAAGAUUUAGAAAUAGCAAAACUCCAAAAACAAAUAGAAGAAUUAGAAUUUAAGCUAAAAGAAGUUGAGGUAACAGAAAAGAAACCUAUGACCAAAAGUAUUGGAAUACUAACAGACUUAAGCAACAUUGGUUCACCUAUGACCAAAAGUACUGGAAUACUAACAGAUUUAAGCAACAUUGGUUCACCUUUACGAUAUCAAACUGAAUAUGAAGAGAAGGAAAAUAAAAUAGUUAAAUCUGAAUCAAAAUCUGUACGAAAAUGCAGAACAGCUAAAAAGGAUAAGAAAAAUUUGAUGCCAAGCUAUACUCUUGAUGACAAAAUGUUGGAUGAAGCAAUCGAUAAUAUUCCUUAUAGCACACGCAAGCGUAAAUUAUUUGACAGUAAAUCUAUAUUGGCUGAAAGUGCUACUGUGCCCUCUGAUAACAUUUUGGAUUCAAUACCUACUCCAUCUCGAGCGCUAUUUCAAAUUUCCAAAUUGCGUGUAAAAAAAUAAACCAUAAUUACUCAUGUAUAUAUAUAUAUAUAUAUAUGUAUUUAUAAGCUUUUGAAAUUAUUUUUGCAUUUAACAUUGUCAUUUAACUAUGGAAAGGUUUUAUACUUUUUUUUUUUUUAUAA